CACACACACACACACACACACACACAGAGAGAGAGAGAGCUCGACCGAGCGGAUGGCUAGGGAUUGAUGCCUCCUUUUUCCUCACCUCUCUCUCCAACCCAGCGAGCAUGGAGCUUACAAUGGAAAACCUCGGGAAUAUCCACGGCGCCAGCCAAGCCAGCGACCUGAUGAACAGUUCCCACAAUCGCCAGGCGUCUCACCGGAGCCUGGCGCCUCACGGCCGGCCUGCCAUGGUGUCCAGCAUGGCUUCUAUCCUGGAAGGGGGAGAGUACCGGCCGGAUCCGAGCCUAUCAGGCCCCCUGCACCCGGCCAUGAGCAUGUCGUGUGAGAGUCCGCCCGGGAUGAGUCUGAGCAGUACCUACACCACGCUGACCCCUCUGCAGCACCUGCCGCCCAUCUCCACCGUGUCUGAGAAAUUCCACCACCCUCACCCUCACCACCAUCACCACCAUCAUCACCAUCACCCCCCACACCAGAGGCUGCCCGGCAAUGUCAGCGGCAGCUUCACCCUCAUGAGGGACGAGAGGGGGUUACCUUCCAUGGGCAAUCUCUACAGCCCCUACCACAAAGACAUGGCGAGCAUGGGGCAGCCGCUGUCCCCUCUCUCCAACGGACUGGGCACUUUGCACAACUCUCAGCAGCCCCUCACCCCUUACGGCGGGCACAUGGCCAACGAGAAGAUCCUGUCCCCCAGCGGGUUCGAGUCCCACGCUGCCAUGCUGUCCCGGGGAGAAGAGCACCUGGCCCGGGGACUGGCGGCUCCCGGAGCCGGCAUGAUGGCCCAUCUCAACGGCAUGCACCAUCACGGUCACCAUCACGGCCAGGCCAACGGCUCCCUGCUGUCCUCCGAGCGCGACCGCCAGCCGUCGGUGUCCGCCUCGCAAAGCGGAGGCUCCAACCAGGUCGAGGAGAUCAACACCAAGGAAGUGGCCCAGCGGAUCACCGCCGAGCUGAAGCGCUACAGCAUCCCGCAGGCCAUUUUCGCCCAGCGCAUCCUGUGCAGGUCACAAGGGACCCUCUCAGACCUGCUGAGGAACCCCAAACCCUGGAGCAAGCUCAAAUCCGGCCGGGAGACAUUCAGGAGGAUGUGGAAGUGGCUUCAGGAGCCGGAAUUCCAAAGGAUGUCAGCUCUAAGGCUUGCAGCUUGCAAGCGUAAAGAACAAGAGCAAAACCGAGACCGAGCCACGACUCCCAAAAAGCAGCGGCUUGUCUUCACUGAUCUCCAGCGUCGCACACUGAUUGCCAUAUUCAAGGAAAACAAACGGCCAUCCAAAGAAAUGCAGGUCACCAUUUCCCAGCAGCUGGGGCUGGAGCUCAACACAGUCAGCAACUUCUUCAUGAACGCCCGCAGACGAAGCAUGGACAGAUGGGUGGAUGAGCCGUCUACCACCACUGGGCCACCAGCGUCAGCUGCGAGCACUUUUACAAAAGCGUGACAGAGGAGAUAGUGGGCAAGCAAGCGUGCCUGCUACUACACUCUGAAAUUAAGACAAAAAAAAACAAAACAUAAAAAAGGCUUUAAACCAAAUAAAAACACAAUUUUUAAAAAUAAAUAAAUUCCAAAGAAAAUCAAAUCGGAGACACGUGUACACCUUGCUCCACGGCAGGGUUAUAAAGGAGCUGGUCGGGAGAUAAGUUGCACUGUGUCGCUGGCUGUUGAUGCGGGUCUGGAAGCACAUAAAAAGUACAUAUUCGGGUAAUUUUCAUGACAAACUCUCGCACUAUAAAGGUCAUUGUAGAAUAGCCUGUAUGAGGAAAUGACCUAGUCAUAGACUAAAUAUAUUUAAAAAAGUGUUUGUUGAUAUUUAAGUCUGGAUGGAAUUUGUUUCCUAAAUGUCUCUGUUACCAAAGAAGAUAAAAGAUACAAACUUUUUCAACAAGGAUUGGAAUCCAAAGCAACUCUUUGUCCCCAUUCCCUUCCCCCUCGGUCCUCAAACCACCCCCCCCCCAAAAGAAAAAGUAAAGAUUGAAAAUGAGUUGUCACUCAAUGGCUAGUUGCAGAAACGAAGAGAGAGAGAGGAAAACUUGUGCCAAUAGCAACAGCUGCCUUAAUGAUAAUCACAUUGCGAUGGUACGACAUGACUUGUUGUUGCAAUACCUACAAGAUGACUUGUGCCAUAUACUAUACCUAAAACAGAAUUUUCCACGAAAAACAAAAUCUUUUUUUUAAAUGUCUCGUGCUACUUCAUGAGGCAUAACACCACUGGAUACUGAAUUUUAAAAAAAAUGCGGGUAGAGUACCAUCUAAUGAUAAAGGUUCUUUUUCAAUGAACUAAUUCGCUUUGCUGUGGAAGUUAGGCACCUUGAUGAAGACGAAAUUAGUAUACUGAGAGAAAAAAACGACUUACCAGAUUCACAAAAGAAAAGAACCAAAAAUAACCAAACUUUUGGUAUGUAAGAGUAAUAACAUUAUGAUGAAUAGUACAUUGUCAAAAAUGAAUAUUAAGGUACUAUUGAAGAGGCACAGAUGGAAUGUCUGAUCGGUAUUUCGCUAAAACUCCUCUAAUGUUGUUUCUGUCUUGUUGUGAUGUGGUAAAGCUUGAUUCUUUAACCAAAUCUAGUAGUAUUAAGUGGGAAGCAAACCAAAAAAGGCUUCCAGUUGUGAACUUUGUAGAGACAUUUAUAGUGAGAACCAAAAAGGCUACCUCACUGAAUUUCAAUUGUGAUUUUAAAAUCACGUCUGAUACCAAAGAUUUCCUUGCACGAUCUGCGUUUUGUAACUUCUCCCGCACUCAACCUCUCAACCCUGUAAAUCGCAAAUACACCCUGAUAACAAAAUUCAUUAAACCUUUUACAGUGAUGCAGGAGACUACUAGUAGAGAGUGACCACAAGACGAGUGCCUUGCUUGAACCAAAGCGAUGACUAUUUGUAGACCUCUGUGCUUUGAAACUUGUGUAAACCUCAGUUUUAGAAGCAGAGUUUUCUGCUGAGCCUUUCGCCAUCCUACCUACGUUAUGGAGUUACAGGGGCACAUCUAAUCUUGCUGAGACAACUGAGUACAGUGGGCCGCACUGCCCUUGAAUUUAAUCUAACAGACCGGGUGUCAAGUUAUGUUGCCAAAAUCUGCCCCAGACAAAUGCAAUGAUUGCCUAAAGUUAUU